AGCACUACCUUCUUCGCCAGUAUCAUGACAUCAAAAGAACCCCACCAAACAAGAUGAGCUGGGCAAGCAGCCUGCUCUCAUUUUCUCGCGAUGAGCGGGUGGUUCUCGUGACCCUGGGCUUGGCCACCUUUGGCAUUGUUAGUACCGUGUUCACUGCGCUCACCAUCAUCCGCGACGACAACGAGAUCCCCCCGGCCCAGCCGAAGACACAGUACAUCACCCAAGACACCGAGGACUCAUUGCAGCUUGGGACCCUGGAAAAGCUCUUGGACCAUCCGAAUUAUUCCAUCCGAGAAAUCGCGAUUAAGAUUCUCUGUGACAGAGCUGUCAACGACCCCGACACCACUCAUGGUCUGCUUUACGGCAUCACUAGACCAAAUUAUGAUGAACGUAUGCAAUGCCUCCGAGCAUUGGCUCUCCUUACCGGACAGACUAUUGGUCUUGAUGGACUGGCUAAGUUGAACAACGCCAAAGCGUAUUCAGCUCUCGUGAGGUCCCUCGAGCUCAGCUUAACCGACGUCGAACGCCCAAGGCUCACUGAUAGCCACUGGGACGAGUACUACCUGCGCGAUAUGGCCGAGAGGUUCUGUCUCAUGUUCAUUCUUGAAUUAAUUAACAAGUACGGCGCUAGCAUGCUGGUUAAGGCCCGCUUCGUCGAGAAAUGGCUUGCAAAGCAAGAUUGGGGCGAUGCUUCGGAGGAACGACGUCGCAAUUUCAAAAACUACAUGCAACUAAAAGGCAAUAGAAUUGUCGACAUUGUGGACAAGAUCAGGCUUUCAAAACGGGGUUUGCGAGCACUGGAAAAGGCAGGGCUGAUUGACAAGGAAGUUUCAAGACGGCGAAUUCGAGAGCUUCCUGACCUCAUCAUGGAGAUUGAGGAGGACAUCCAAGGUGGACCACUCGCUGAGCAGCAAGUCCCUCGGACCCGAGAACAUUCCGCUGAAGAGCAACGGCUUCGGCGACAACAUCGAGAAGCCAUGGUUCUCAACGACGGAACCAGACCGCUGGGUCGCGAAGACAUAAUCGAGAGAGACCACGGCUCGCCAACUUAGUAAGAGGAGCGACUAUGACCGAGGAUGACAGAUUGCAAUCGCGAUACUGCUCUGAGCACACAUCGUGGUUACCUACUCUUAAAAUUCGUGCGGCCAUGCCUUGUUGGAGUAAACAGGACAAAGCACAUGCGCACAGCUGACGGAGGAGGAUUAGAUUGGGUGGAACUCCAUCGCUCGCGGGGCUUGGGGAUGCAUAGGUUGAAACAUCGAUGACAAAGCUGCCGAGCGCUAUCAAGAGGUCUUAUGCAGCGCGGACCAUGGUGCAUCCAAUGACAACGGAUUGAUCGCCAGCAAGCAAAGAAGUGAGGACCUGAAUGCCGAUUGGAAAACCUGAGCACAGCGCAGGUAGAAGCGUGGCAUUGGUGAAUGGCAAAAUACUCUAGAAAUAAAGCAUUAAAUCAUACGAGAAGCUGGACCCUUAGAUUUGGCCUGCCGCUGAAAGUGUAUACCCC